ACGCUGCCCCUAGCGCACCCACCGUCACGCCGCGCCCCCGCGCCCGCUCACACCACGUUAACACGUGCUGCUACCUGGUGUCUUGCAGGCCCGCGCUCCCCCCUCACACACACCUAGGACUCGUGCUCCCUCCCUCGCGGGAACCCCAGUGACUUGUGGAUAAAAUAAGUGCGCGAUCUAGUGAAGGAGGGCAGGAAGGAGCGGCUACAGCAGCGGCUCUCCACCAAGGAUACUCCUGCACCACCAGUCCUCCUGCACCACAGCAGGCGGCGCACACCUCCACCAGGCUGGCUUACCACGGCACCUUCGGGGCCCAGGGGGGUUUAGGGGGGGGCAUGGCCUACCUCAAGAGCCCCCCUUACCCCAUGAAUGGCCUGGGCUUGGGCAUGGGGCACCACUCGCCCAUGGAUCACGGUGUUCACCCUUCAGUACCAUAUCCUGCAGGGAACUCAUGGACGUCCCUCUCCUCGGUGACCUCAGCUCCCACCAGGAAACAGCGGCGGGAGAGGACCACCUUCACUAGGGCUCAGUUAGAUAUCUUGGAGUCCCUGUUUGCCAAGACCCGCUAUCCUGAUAUAUUUAUGAGGGAGGAAGUGGCUAUCAAGAUCAACCUGCCCGAGAGUCGAGUACAGGUUUGGUUCAAAAAUCGUCGAGCCAAGUGUCGACAACAGGCGCAGCAGCAGAACAGCAACAACGGGGCGUCCAGCACUAACAGUAGCAUCAGCAGCAGCAACAGCAGCGGUACAGCCACCACCAUCACCACCACACCUGCCGGCAACAACACUGACAGCACCAAGGCAGCAGCUCCACGCCCUAAGAAAAUCAAGAGCCCCAGCACGCCCUCCCCGCCUCCUCCCGUCAUCAAGUCCUCCCCAAGACCAGCCUCCCCAGCCUAUAAGCCUCCCUCAGUGUCCCCAGCAUCAGCACACACUCCACCCAACACCACGCCCACGCCCACACCUACGCACACUUAUGGCAGCUUCCAGUCCGCGCCGCCCACGAGUGACCACACCAAUAGUUACUCCUCACUGUGGGCCCCGACCAGUCUCCGACCCAUGGGUGACCUCCACGUGUCCACCGCCAACUGCAUGCAGACUCCCUCCUACCACAUGCCCAGCAGCAAGAGUCCCGGGUCCUCCUGGAACCAGAACUACGGCCCCGCCUCCUACUACGGCAACAUGAGCAUGGAGUACCUGCCUCACCACAUGAGCGCCCACGGACAGUUCACGCCCGUCACCAACCACAUGGGCGGAUUCCAGCAGAUGGGCGGCCACAUGAUGAGCUCCCACAGCAUGAUGGGCAGCCAGCACUACUCCCGCGCCGCCGCUGUCACGCCCGUACAAGGCGUCACCACCCCAGGCUCCCAAGACUGUAUGGACUUUGUGGGGGAAAAAUUCCAGGUCCUUUGAACGCCGUCGCCGCCGCCAUCCGUUGCCAGAAUCUCCGGGCUGAGCAGCAACGAGAGUGUCUCGUGCAGCUGGCGUGCGGCGCCACCUUCAACAGUAGCGGGACUUUCCCAGAUACGCACUCCACAUGGCUACACCGCCGCCGUCACCACCGCAGAGUCCCCGACCAUGGCCAAGCUCCGGGUGAGUCUAGCUGGGUGGCUGGGCAACACGGGUUGACGGGGCGCCCCACCCACUCUCUCCUCACUCACUCACUGUGAGUUGUCAGGAGGUAGAUGAAGAACCCUCUGGGGCGUCAUCUUCACGCCGCCCUCCUUCGGUGUUGGUGGUGGACAGUUUCACCAGCAGCGGUGAAAAGGAACCACUACCACCUCCUCCCUGGGCGAUGAGGGACGGAGGGCACCCUGGAGGGAGGAGAGCCCGUUGGAGGGUCAGCCAGAGGGAGGGGGAGGGGGGUCCAGCGGCCACCUGCACGCCCGGGGAUUAACGGAGCAAAUGUGCACAGUCUGAUGCCGCCCAUGUCAGCCCUCUUGCCAAAGCGCUUCGCUCGCUACCACUCGGCCAUCAUCUCUCUCUCCACCUCUCCGCACGAUGGCGUCCGAUACCCUGUGGGAGGGACGAGCCGGCCAGGCAAGAGGGCUUUGAUCUCUCUAUGUUGUGUGAUUCGUCUUUCACGAAGCCUUUACUAACUGUAGCCAUCGCGUCUAGAGUUAUCACAGGGUAAUUAAUUAAUAUUUAAUUGAUUCCUCUUGUACAUAUUGUAAAGCUGUCUUAGGCCGACUGACUCGCCGAGUGUGCUGGCAGUAUACGGGACUCAUAUCACGUUUUUGUAUUUAUUCAUUAUCUUUUUUUAUUAUUUUUUGUGGCUAGUGAAUGUGGCCUUCCUGCGCAUUCGGGUAAAGCAGCGCAAAGUUUAGAAGUUGUGUUGCGGGACGGUGCACGGCGUCGGUGUUGUGCGCAAGAGAGAGAGAGAGAGAGAGAAGAGAAAAGAAAGGAAACUUGGAAGGUGUUCUCGGUGUUGCUGUACUUAAAAUAAAACAAUGCCUCUCUUCCUCCUCCUGUACAUAAUAACUAUAACUUGGUGUUCUCAGGGGUGUGUGUGUGCAGCCCAUAGCUCUGUGUUGUUCAGUUUGACGAUCACACCGUCAUGUACUGUAUAUGUUAGUGCAAUACGUACGGCACACCUGUUGGCCGGGUGUCACCUGAGGGUCUUGUCCUUCACCAGUAUAAACCCGCAGUCAAGUCCUUGUGACGAUGAUGGGCUGAGGACUACUACUUCCUCACUUGACCGUAAUAAACCAAAAGGCUUUCCACUUUUAUCAAUUAUGUUGCUGAUUUAGCAUUUUUUUAACUUCUGCUCUCUGACGAUCAUUGUAAUAUAUUAUUUUAACCUCUAUCUGGACAAUAUUAAUCCUCUUGCCAAAUAUUACCAUUAGUAAACUGAACAUCUGGGAGCAGACCCCCCGACCCCCCCUCCCCCUUACUCUGCCAGCAUUUUGUAGGGAAGAAACUUAUCAUCAUCAUACGUGUAAAUACUCUAAUGUAACUUCAGGACAACAAAUGUUUUAUGUAGAUAUGUGUCACUAAGUCGUCGUUCUCUUGCCGGCUCUACAGACACUUUUAUUGUGUGUUUAAACUAAAAUAAAUGACAAAAAAGCUCUGUACUUAACAAAAAAAAAUAAUGCUUCAAAAAUUACAAUCCUUAUUGCUGCUAAUUGUGGCGAAGGUUGCUAUGCCGUCAUGGUGAAAUGUUAAAAUAAUAAUAUUGUUUUGUAAUAUACUCUUCCAAACGAG